AUGCCGCUGCGGCUGGCGCUCUGCCUGCUCGCCCUCUGCAGCCCCGCGGCCGCCGCGCACGGUGGGAUCUGCUGGCUGCAGCAGGGGAAGGAGGCCAAGUGCACCAUGAUCCUGAAGACGGGCGUGACGUGGGAGGAAUGCUGUGCCAACGGCAAUGUGGACGUGGCUUGGUCUAAUUAUACCUACCCAGGCAACAAGAUCAGCCUGCUGGGCUUCCUGGGGCUGGUGACCUGCCACCCCUGCAAAGAGAGCUGCGAGGGGGUGGUGUGCGGCCCCGACAAGGUCUGCAAGAUGAAGCACGGGCGUCCCCAGUGCGCCUGUGCCCCCGACUGCUCCAGCCUGCCCCGCAAGCUGCAGGUCUGCGGCUCCGACGGCUACACCUACCGAGACGAGUGCGACCUGCUGACGGCCAAGUGCAGAGACCACCCUGACCUCGAAGUGAUGUACCAGGGCAAAUGCAAAAAGUCCUGCUCCAGCGUGGUGUGCCCCGGCACCCACACCUGCGUGGUGGACCAGACGGGCAGCGCCCACUGCGUGAUGUGCCGGACGGCUCCCUGCCCCGAGCCCACCAGCCUGGAUCACGCCCUCUGCGGCAACAACAAUGUCACCUACCCCUCGGCGUGCCACCUCCGGCGGGCCACCUGCCACCGUGGCCGCUCCAUCGGCGUGCGCCACUACGGGAGCUGCUCGGCUGCAGCCAAAUUCUCCCUGGAGACGGACAACGCGGAAGAGAACUACGUGUGAAUCCUCCCUCACCGCGAGGCCAUACCCAGGAGACGGGCAUUAUGUGUAUAUUGUACAAACCAUAUACCUGAUAUUUAUUAAGAUAAAAAGAUCCUUAUUUAUACCUGUGUAUGUUAUGCAGUUGCAGGGGGCCCGAUUCUUGGUCCUGCUGUCCGGGGAGCACGGGAAGGGGCUUCCAGCUCCCGCAGCUGGAGCGAUGCCGAGCUA